CCUACCCUGGCGUCGCCCGCGGCACUCGGGCCCCGGCGCGCCGCCAUGUCGGUCGAGGAGGGCCCGCGCCCCACGCUCACACAGCUGGUGGCCGCCAACGCCGCCGCCGCCGCCGCCGGCGCAGGCAAGAAGGCGGCCCAGGUGCAGUUGCAGGCGGAGCUCAAUACUGAUGAGGAUUGGAGGAAGUUCCUGCUGAGGGAUGGGCUGUUGGUGGUGGACGUGUACUCAGAGUGGUGCGGGCCGUGCAUCGGCAUGGUGGGCAACCUCAAGAAGAUCAAGGUGGAGAUCGGAGGCGACAACCUGCAUCUCGCCAUCGCUAAAGCGGACACGAUCGAGGUGCUGAAACGUUUCAGGAAUCGCAGCGAGCCCACCUGGAUGUUCAUAGCGGCAGGCCAGCUGCUCAACGUGGUGUUCGGCGCCGACGCCCCGCGCCUGGCGAGGACCAUCGAGCAGGAGCUCAAGUAUGAGGAGCUGGCGAGGAAGGGGGAGCGACAGCGGCCCAGCAGGCUGCCGCAUGAACUCACGCCUGAGGAACAGGUGGUAGCCGAAGCCCUAGCAGCGCGCACGGCAGCGAAGCAAGAACGCGAGCGCGAGGCAGUCCUCUCGGCGCGCGAGGCACGGCGCGAGGCGCGCGCGCGGCGGCUCGAGGCACACUUCGCCGAGGUCUGCCCCGUGCUCAUGAUGCCGCACUCACAGAAGCAUCUGAGGAAGGUGGCUGAUGCUCUGGAGCCGCUGGGAGUGACAGUAGCAGACAAGUGCCCGCUACUCGUGGGCGCGGAGGGCGCGCGCAUCCUGGCCGUGGAGGAGCCGGAGCUGGGCGCGCCGCCCGCCCUGGCCGCCCUGGUCGAGCGGCCCUCGCUCACGCUGCUGCUGAAGAAGCUGCCGGAGAAGGAGGGCGAUAUGCUGGAGCUGGUCCGUCGCGGUCUCUGCGGCGACGGUCUCCCCGACGAGGAAAAGCCCAAGAAGACGGUACUGGAGGAGCUGACGGCGGACGGCGUCCCGGGGCUGUUCGUGCCAGCGGACCGGCAUGCCAGGGCCGUGGCGCUCGAUCUGCUGUUCCCUAAGAUGGUAGGCAGCGUAGUCGAACCACCCGCCCCGCCCGAGCCGCCACACAUCGCUCUAGUCUACGGCGCGUGGCAACGGCGGGCUGUGCUGGCCGCCGCCGCUGCCCUCUCCCCCGCCGCCCCCGCAGCCCCCGUGGUGCUGAGAUACGGGUUCUUUGCUGAUGCGAGCGUGGAUGAGCCCCGGCUGCUGUGCAAGACCUUGGAGAAGUAUGAGGAGCGGCCGGAGAAGGAUUAUUGCGAGACCCUAGUCCUCAUGGCAGCAGUAGGGCCAGCGGACCCUGUGCUCUCCGGCGCUACCCCCUCCGGCCCACCGGCGGCGCUGCUGGCGCUAGGCCCGCUGCACGCCAGUGAGGAUGCCGUGGCCGGCGCCGCGGAGUGUGCGAGGUUCUUCCCGCCAGGGUAUAGCGAGCCCGAGCAUAAGCCUAAGCAGAAGAUUAAGAAGAAGAAGAAGAAGCGCGAAAGCAAGGAAGGCGCCGCCGAAGACCAGUCCCAAGAGACGCCCCCCACCGAGAGCGGGGAGCAGGAGGCGGCGGGGGACGAGGCGGGGGACGGGGACGGGGACGAGGCGGGCGAGGGGGAGGGGGAGGGGGACGAGGGGGACGACGCGGGGGGCGUGGACAAGGCCACGUCGCCGCCGCCGCAGACGUAG